CUGAAAAAGCUUGGUUCUCUCGUUUCUCUCGACGGCAAACACCUCUCGGCGAUUCGGAAGGAGGAGGAGAAAUCUAGGGUUUCGUUUCUGCUACCGGUUGAAGACUAAACGCGUGGGAAAGGCUUCUUGUUUUUGUUAACUUAAAGCCAUGCAAGCUGUCUCUAGAGAAGGUGGGAAUGCUGUGGCUUUGGGAGGUGCAAGACCUAUGGAGUGGUCUACGGUUCCCUUUAAUGGUACUCAAGCUACAGGACCAAAUGGUAAACAGCGAACAUCAAGUUUGGAAUCACCGAUAAUGUUGCUUGCCGGUCACCAGAGUGCAGUGUACACCAUGAAAUUUAAUCCGUCUGGUACUGUCAUUGCUUCUGGGUCCCAUGACAAAGAGAUUUUUCUUUGGAAUGUUCAUGGGGAUUGCAAAAAUUUCAUGGUACUAAAAGGUCAUAAGAAUGCUGUUUUGGAUCUUCAGUGGACCACUGACGGGUACCAGAUAAUAUCAGCCAGUCCUGAUAAGACUCUUAGAGCGUGGGAUGUAGAAACAGGGAAACAGAUUAAGAAAAUGGUUGAACACUCGUCUUUUGUUAAUUCCUGCUGCCCUUCUCGUAGAGGUCCACCUCUUGUUGUUAGCGGAUCCGAUGAUGGGACUGCAAAGCUUUGGGAUCUACGUCAGAGAGGAGCAAUUCAAACAUUUCCAGAUAAAUAUCAAAUCACAGCAGUUGGGUUUUCAGAUGCAGCAGAUAAGAUAUUCACUGGUGGGAUUGAUAAUGAUGUUAAGGUGUGGGAUCUUCGCAGGAACGAGGUUACUAUGACUCUUCAAGGUCACUCUGACACUAUCACAGGUAUGCAGUUGAGUCCCGAUGGAUCCUACCUCUUAACAAAUGCUAUGGAUUGCUCUCUACGCAUUUGGGAUCUUCGUCCAUACGCCCCACAGAAUCGUUGCGUGAAGAUAUUUACAGGCCAUCAGCACAAUUUUGAGAAGACUUUGUUGAAAUGUAGUUGGUCUGCCGAUGGAAGCAAAGUCAGCGCUGGUAGUGCAGAUCGAAUGGUUUAUAUCUGGGAUACGACUUCUCGACGCGUUUUGUAUAUGCUUCCUGGACACAAUGGAUCAGUAAAUGAGUGUGCCUUCCAUCCUACUGAACCUAUCAUCGGAUCAUGCAGUAGUGACAAACAAAUCUACUUGGGAGAGAUCUGAACUGAGUUCAAAGGAGUCGCUUGAAGUUGACAAUGGUAAAACUUAAGGUACAGUACUGAUCGAAACAUUCGAAGUAGCAUGUAGUUAGUUUGUCAUUCAAUGUUUUCUGUAGCUUUUCUGGAGUUUUACGUCAACAGUGAAUUUUGUGGGUGAAUGAGGAGGUUUUUGCAGACUGGUAAUUUCAUUUUGAACUCCUUUAUCAUUCUCGUGUGUUUAAUACAUCUAAAGACCAUUUCAUCUCUCUAGUUUUCUGUACCGUAUCACUGUCUGGUUUCUUUGAAUGAUGAGGGAAACUUGAUCCUUUGAGAUG